AACACAUACACACAGACUCACUCUCUUUCUCUCUCUUAAAAAAAAAAUAAAAUAAUAAAAAGAUAAAAAUCAGAAAAAAAAAAUCUUUUGAAGGAAAUUAGAGAGAGUUUAUGGUUUUGGUUUCUGGCUUUUAUUUUGUUUUCUUCUGUUUGGUGUCACUUUACAGCUCACUACCUCCAUUCUUCGUCACAGAUCGAAUCUAAGGAAACCUUUUCUUUCUUUGUAGCUGCCAUAUGGUAUCAUCAACUAACUGUAUGUUACAAGGGAAGCAUUUUAGAAUGUGGUCUAUCAAAUGAUUGGUAGCGGCUGUAUUAUGCUUGACCAGUGCCAUUAUGGCCCUUUCUCUGAGGACAUGUCAAGGAAAUUGGCUUUUUUACAUUCUACUGCUCUAUAUCCUUCUAAUCAAAAGUGGAGCUAUCAAUUCUGAUGGUGAGGCUCUUCUAAAUUUCAGGAAUGCAAUUGUUAGUUCUGACGGUAUCCUUCCUCUAUGGAGACCUGAGGAUCCUGACCCUUGUAAAUGGAGAGGCGUGACAUGUGAUCAGAAAACCCAGAGAGUUAUAUAUUUGAGUCUGAAGAAUCACAAAUUAAGUGGACCUAUAUCUCCUGACAUUGGGAAGCUAGACCACUUGAAGAUUUUAGAUCUGAAAAACAACAACUUCUAUGGGACAAUUCCUUCAGAAUUGGGAAAUUGCACAGAGUUGCAGGGAGUAUACUUGCAGGGUAACUACUUAAGUGGACUAAUUCCAAGUGAAUUGGGAAAAUUAUCUGCGCUUCAAUAUUUGGAUAUCUCAAGCAAUUCUCUCAGUGGAUCAAUUCCUCCAUCACUUGGAAAAUUGAAUAAACUCAUUGCUUUCAACGUGUCAAACAAUUUUCUCAUUGGACCAAUACCAUCUGAUGGCGUACUUAUCAACUUCACAGAAAGCUCUUUCAUUGGGAAUCGUGGUUUAUGCGGGAACCAGAUAAAUAUGGCCUGCAAAGACGAUAAUGGAGGGCCUGCAACUAGUUCACAAUCUCCUCAAUCAGCACAAGGUCAAGGUGGAAAGAAGAAAUACUCAGGGAGAUUGCUUAUUAGUGCUUCAGCGACUGUUGGUGCACUGCUUUUGGUGGCACUUAUGUGUUUUUGGGGUUGCUUUCUUUACAAAAAGUUUGGUAAAAUUGAAAGUAACAGCAUAGCAAUGGAUGUCAGUGGAGGUGCUUCAAUUGUAAUGUUUCAUGGGGACUUGCCUUACUCUUCAAAAGACAUCAUUAAAAAAUUAGAGACCUUAAAUGAGGAACACAUCAUAGGUUGUGGGGGUUUUGGAACGGUGUACAAGCUUGCAAUGGAUGAUGGCAAUGUAUUCGCUUUGAAAAGAAUUUUAAAGAUGAAUGAGGGUUUUGAUCGUUUCUUUGAGAGGGAACUUGAGAUUUUGGGAAGCAUAAAACAUCGAUACUUGGUGAACUUGCGCGGUUAUUGCAAUUCUCCAACCUCAAAAUUGUUAAUUUAUGAUUUCCUCUCUGGUGGCAGUCUUGAUGAAGCACUCCAUGAAAGAUCUGAGCAACUGGACUGGGAUGCACGUCUGAAUCUUAUCAUGGGAGCAGCAAAAGGAUUGGCCUACUUGCAUCAUGAUUGUUCCCCCAGGAUCAUACAUCGUGACAUAAAAUCAAGCAAUAUUUUGCUUGAUGGCAAUUUGGAUGCUCGAGUAUCUGACUUUGGACUAGCCAAAUUGUUAGAGGAUGAAGAAUCACACAUUACAACCAUUGUUGCAGGGACAUUUGGUUAUCUAGCUCCUGAGUACAUGCAGAGUGGUAGAGCCACUGAAAAGACUGAUGUUUAUAGUUUUGGGGUCCUGGUGCUUGAAGUGUUAAGUGGAAAGCGACCCACAGAUGCAUCAUUCAUCGAGAAGGGUCUGAACAUUGUUGGUUGGUUAAAUUUUUUGGUCACAGAGAAUAGGCAACGAGAUAUUGUCGAUACUAACUGUGAGGGCGUGCAGAUAGAAAGCCUUGACGCUCUGCUUUCAGUUGCCACUCAAUGUGUCUCUUCGAGUCCAGAGGAUCGACCCACCAUGCACAGGGUAGUUCAGAUACUCGAGUCUGAAGUCAUGACCCCAUGCCCAAGCGACUUUUACGACUCCAGCUCUGAUUGAAGCAUGUGGGUUUCAGGACGUGUUUUGAGUUUGCAAUCACAAGUGUGGAGCUUUUUGGGAAGCAGUGGAAGGGGCUUUGAAUCUGCAGCAGUUUUGUAUGUUGAUUUUAUUCAUUCAUUCUUUCUGCAGAUUUAUGACAACUAAGACACAUUGCUUCAUUUGUCCGUCAGACCAUACAAGUGAUUAGUCAUCUACCGGAAUUCAUCAUACACAUUAGGAUCUGCUCGUUUUGCAUGGAUGUUUCAAGAGAAGACUGUUCAAUACGUGAUCGGAGUUUCUACUUGUGGGGCGAGUUAUUUAUUCAUCCAUCCUCUUUUUUUUCCCCUUGUCGACCUUUUGUUGUAAUCCCCUUUCACAUUCAUUCUCUCAAAUUAAGUGUAUAUGCAAUAUCUGUAUAAAUUGAGAAUAUCUGUCUUUGCAGAGGAUUCAGUGUUUUUGCCAUUUUGUAAAAUAUAUUUAUUGCAAUAAUCAGUGUCUGCAGUGAUUGUCUUCUC